UUGAGGGUUCUGGGUCUGGUUCCUGAGGUUCUCCUCCUUUUUGCAGGUGCGUUCCUCUUCUGCUGGACUCCGUUCUUCGUGCUGCACAUCCUGCGGGCGCGUUGCCAGGUCUGCCACAUCCCCCCCGCCCUGAUGAGCGCCGUGACCUGGCUGGGCUACGCUAACAGCGCGCUGAACCCCGUCAUCUACACCAUCUUCAACACCGAGUUCAGGAAGUUCUUCAAGAAGUUCCUGCACCUUCCUUAG